AUGUACAUGUCUGCAGGUCCUUUCAGUUAUCUUAAUUUGUUAUUUCUCGUUUUGCAAUCACUUUGUGUUAAUUCAGUUUUGAACAAUAAUUCGUUGUCCUUUCCAAACUUAACUCUUAGAAAACCUGCCACAGUUCCAUUGGCAAAGAAGCGCGAUUUGCCAGGGAAUUCAUCAACUGAACAACCAAAUUUUUCUCUCAAAAUUUCAAACACAUUUCUUGCAGAGUCUGCGAUUGCAGUGUUUUCACUGGGAUUCAUCGAUGCCGGGUACAGUGGAGAUUGGUCAAGAAUUGGAGUUAUCUCGAAAGAGAACGAGGAUUUGCUGAAGGCUGCUGCUCUUGUUGUAGUUCCACUUUGCUUGUUUCUCAUAUUUUCUCUCCCCAAGAAAUCAGAAGAUUGAUAAUCUGUCUUUUAAGUUUUGAACAAUAAUUCGUUGUCCUUCUGGGAAAAAUUUGGAUGUACAAGCAUCUUGCAGAAUGCAAGGAAUUAUCCUAAGGGUGCUACUAUUAUGACUUACCAAAAUAAUUAGCGAAGUUCAGAUGAUUAGAUUU